AUGGCCUGCCGUCGCCGCAAAAUCAAGUGCAACCGCGAGCAGCCAUGCCAGCACUGCACCGAGACGCACCAGGCAUGCCACUACCAGGCACCCCCGUCGCCGCAGCUGUGGCAGGCGGCUGAGCAACAGCAACAGCAGCAGCAGCAGCAGCAGCAGCCGCGCUCCAACAACUGGCGCUCGGUGAUUUUCUCCUCUGGGAGCAACACACCGGAUUCCUUUGCCGACGGCAGCAGUGCCCAGCAGGAGACGACAGCGGCGCUGCCCCCAGCCGCGUUGCAGAGCCCGCCGGCAUCGCAGCCCACACAGGCGACAGUAGACGCGGAUAGGAUUGUGCUGGACAAGACUCGCAUCUUGCGAUGGAGCCAUUGGAUGGGGGCUGGACAAGAGUUUGGGCCUAUAUUUUCCUGCUACUUGGCAACUCUCGCCCCCCGCCAAGAAGAUUCUGACCUGUCGCCGGCCGCCAAGACAGUGCUGGCCGACGCGGCAGAGGUGCUGCAGAAGUGCAAGCGACUUGCGCGCUCCUCCAAAAUAUGGCGGCCAAGCCGACUAUUCGGCAUGCAAGGAUACGAUUUGAUUCUUCCUAGCCGCCAAGUUGCCGACGCCAUGGCGACCGAGUACUUUACCUACUACGAAUCCACCAUCAGGAUUCUGCACAUCCCUUCCUUCUGGAAGUUGUACGAUGGGUUUUGGAAAAGCGAAAGCACGGCAACCAUGGAAACUCGCCUCAUGAUAUUAUUGGUCAUUUCCAUUGGAACUAGCUUGCAGGAUCGUAGCGAAACGUCCCCCGCGAUUCCCAGCAUCGCUCAAAUUCACCAAUGGAUAUACGCUGCGCAGACUUGGCUCGCAGGCCCCUUGGAAAAGGAUCGUCUGGAUACCGGAGGCUUGCAAAUAUACUGCUUGCUUAUUGUGGCCCGACAAAUCUACUCGGUAGGUGGCGAUCUGGUGUGGAUGUCGCUUGGCUCUCUGCUCCAUCGUGCCAUGCAGCUUGGUCUGCACUAUGACCCCAAGCAUUUCCAAGGCAUGUCCGUUCUUAAGUCUGAGCUGCGGCGCAGACUAUGGAUCUCGCCAGAGGAAUACGACACCGAGCCUCCCUCCAACAUCAACGACAGCGACUUGGACGAGAAUACCCAAGCCCUACAUCCAAAACCCGAGUCUGAAUGCACAGACACCACGUUACAGCGCCACCUCGUCUACGCUCUUCCUGCUCGCAUCAGAAUCGUGCGCUACUUGAAUGGCAUAAAGGCCGACCUCUCCUAUCCAGAGGCCAUGAGCCUCAGCGCCGGCCUCAGCACCGCCCAAAGAAGAGCAACGCUGGCCCUGCAGAGUUAUCCCGAUCAAAUAUCUCCCUUUCAGCGCAACAUGGUCGAUUUUCUCCUCCGGCGCUUCGUCGUGCCGCUGCACAGCCCCUUUGCCUGCGAGGCCCGGACGACGCUCGCCUUCCACUACUCGCUCAAGGCCUGCACCGAGGCGAGCCUGGCGCUCAUCAACCCAGAGCCCGACGCGCGCUUCGCCCGCCUGCUGGACUCGGCCGGCGGCCUGUUCCGCGAGGGCCUGCGGUCCGCCAACACGGCCAUCAGCCUCGACCUCAUCGUCCAAACCAAGACGCAGCAGGCCGAUGGCACGCUGCACCGGACGCGCACCGUGCGCGACGCACUGAAGCGGUCCGUUGUCGAUAUGCUCGAGCGCUGCGAGAAGCGCAUCAGCAACGGCGAGACAAACGUAAAGAGCUACGUCUUCUUGGCCAUGGUGCUGGCCAUGACUGAGGCCAUGGAGAAUGGCGAGCCGUGCGAGAUGAAGAUUGCGCAGAGCGCGCGGGAUGCGCUUGCUCAUUGUUAUGGCGUCUUGGAGAGCAGCCUUGGUUCGUUUGUGACGAAUACGCCGACGGACGCGGGGUUCCCAGCCGGCGGAGCGAGCCAGGGCAACUCCAACUCCAAAAAGGUUGUAGAGUCGGGGGCCGUGGCGUUCCAAUAUCGGCUUGUUACUCUUGCCUCUCCCAUUCAGUUCCUCUUGCACCCCUCCAGCAUGAAGGUCCUCAUCAGCGGCGCAGGCAUCUCCGGCACCGCCCUUGCCUUUUUGCUCUCCAAGCUUCACUACGACAUCACCGUUGUCGAGCGCUCCCCCUCGCUCCGCGUAAAUGGUCUCCAGAUCGACCUCCGCGGAUAUGGAAUCGAGGUGUUGCGGCUCAUGGGCCUCGACGCCGCCUUCAAAGAAAAAGCGGCCCCGGAGCAAGGCAUGCAAGUCGUCGACAGCGCCGGUACCCGUCUCGCCUACUUUGCCGCCAACACGUUCGACACGGGCGAGCAAAACUGUACCAGCGAGUACGAGAUUAUGCGCGGCGACCUGUGUCGGCUCCUACACGAUGCGUCGCUCGCCGGCGGCGGCCGCGUCCGGUACAUCUUUGACUCGUCCAUCAAAGACCUUCGAGAUACUCCCGACGCCGGCGGCGUUACGGUAACCUUCUCCGACAACCACACCGAGAUGUUCGACCUUGUCGUCGGCGCCGACGGGCAGUGGUCGCGCACGCGCCGUCUGAUGCUCGGCACCAACACUUCGCCCGAUCCCGCGCUGCGGCUGCUUCCCAAUCUGCACGCGGGCUACUUUACGAUGCCACAGCCCCUGCGCGCGGGCGAGGGCUUCGACGCGACGCUGUACUUGGCCUCGCGCCGACGCAGCGUCGUGACGCGCCGCACCGACCCCCGGUUCCUGCAGGUGUACAUGGCGUGCACCUCGUCGGCGCUGCAGACGGUGCGCCGCGGCGACGUGGUGCGCGAGAAGGAGGCGUUUGCGGCGAGCCAUGCCGGCGCGGGCUGGCGCAUGCCGGAGCUGGUGGCGGGCCUGCGCGCGGCGGACGACUUUUACUGCGAGCGAAUCGGGCUUGUCAAGCUCGAGGCGUGGCACAAGGGGCGGGUGGUACUUGUAGGCGAUGCGGCGUACUGCCCGUCGGCGCUUACGGGCAUGGGGCCGACGUGCGGUGUCGUCGGCGCGUACGUGCUUGCGGGCGAGCUGAGCCGGCUGGGCGCGGGGGAAGAGGUCGAUGGAGGCCCCGGGCAUUCUACGCUGCAGGAUGCGCUGGCGGCGUAUGAUGCGCGAUUUCGGCCGUUUAUGCAUCAGGUGCAGGAUGGUGUCGGGGAAGGAUCCAUCCUCUCCAGGAUGAUGUCGUCAUCCAGUGUCGGAAUUGCCUUGACCAACUAUUGUCUGCGCGCGGCUACAUUUUUCGGCAUUCGGCUGUCGUCCGACUCCUUCAUGAAGGAGCGCGUCCAGAACUGGCAUGUGCCGCGUUACGAAGCGCUGGUUGGGAAAGAGUGA